UGUGCUGCUUGGGGAGGGAGAAAUGGAGGCUUUGGGAUCGGGGCCAACCCAGCUGAGGCCACUUAUUACUCUGACUAAUAUAAAGUUUGCUCUGGCCGUAAGCAUCUCAGUUUGUGGAAGGUGCUUGGAGAGGUUUGGCAAAAGGAGUCUGCAGCACGUUGUGGGCAUGCUGGCCUUGGCUUGGCUUCUGCCCUUGGCCUCUCUGCUUUUGCAUCCCUCUCGGGGAGACCCCGCUUUGGUCCCGGGGGGCGAAUGGUGCCGCGUGUGGGCCUCUCCCGGGUGGGUCUUCCAGUGCCCGCAGCGGAGCAACAAGCCGGACGCCCAGUUCUGUUGUGGGAAUUGCAGCCUCCCGUAUUGCUGCUCCUCCAAGGCCCGGCGCCUGGACCAACAGCGCUGCCCUCGCCCCGUGGUCCCAGGGGUGCCGGACCCCCGGAACAACCCCCCGCCCUCGGACCUCGUCUCUUACAAGUGGACCAUAUUUUUCUCCUUCGCCUCUUUCCUGAUGGGCGUCCUCCUCCUGCUCUCGGUCCGUCACUGCAAGGAGAGAUACUGGCCUCGGCUGAGAAACUUCUGGGAGGACAACGUGGUCCCGGCCUGGAACCGGAGGCAAGAGGAAGCCACCGAAGUGGUCCAGAUGGGGGUGUACUACGUCCCGGACAACCCCGACCCCCUCCCGCGCCCGCCUCCGCCCAACGUCACCAUCUUGCCCCGCAAUCUGGACAACCCGCACGAGAAGUGGGCCUUUUCCCCUUCGGCACUGGUUGAGUUUUUCCAGCCUGCGAACGCCGAAAGUGCGGAAGGCGAGGGUGCCUUUGGGUCUCUGUUUCAUAGACACGUCCCCAGCCAGGCUUCGGAUACUCCCUCCGAGAAGGAAAGCUCCGUAUAGAUAACCCUAGGCCGAGCAUGGGACAACUUUGACCCACUCUCCAGGAGUUUUGGACUCUAACUCCCACAAUUGGGGUCUUAAAAUACCUAGAAGGUGGGUCCAAGUUGCCCUUGACUCAUUGUGCCAUCAAUCAUUGAAUCCCUAUUAACGUUGAGCCACCCUUGCUUUUAAACAUUAUGUUUUUAAACUUAGAUCGACUACUUGCUUCACAUGUUUCUGUUCUCCAGAUGUUGUUAGGCUAGAACUCUCAUCAGCCCUAGCCAAUGGAGCCAAAUAUGCUGGGAUUUGUAGUCUAUCAAUAUCUACGAAGAUUCCUAUAUAGGGAAUAUUCCUUUGUCUUAAGUUAGGAUAUGAAGAAUUAGCUAUUUCUGAAGAACCAGCUACCUUAGCCAGAGUUAGAGUUUUGGGAGGUCCUUAGAAGUCCUCACUCCCUUAGAACCAGAU